UUCCCGUGUGCCGGGGAUGCAGGGAAGCCAGCGCUGAGCCCCUGCCCGCGGCCUAGGAGGGACAGCAGAAUGCCUCCGUGGGCGGAGGUGCUGUGGGCGCCUCCCCGACACGCUCUGCCCAGCGGCGCCGCCGGUGACACACGUGUCCCCUCACUCCCCUCCCCCGCCAGCGGAACUGUUCCCGGUCCUUCUGCGCGAACUGGCGCACCAGGGACCCAGUGAUCCACCAGGAGCCCUGCUCUUUCCGAACCGCCACCUUCCUGUGUUCGUUUACGUGUCCGCUUAGCUAUUUUUGUAACUCUUCCCCCAACACGGUGAUGCUCAAUGAAUGUUUAUGAGCUUGAAGUUAGUAAAACACUUAAGAACCAGCUUUAGGGGCGUAUAUCAAAUCCUUGAGGACUAGAUAAUUCUAGAGUCGUGGGCUGUUAGAAAUGGAUGGGAAGUUAUGAAACACCUGGAGUCCUUAAGCUGUCUAAGGAGAUACCAUAUGUUGUGGAACCGGCACUUGGCGUGAUCACUGAAGUGUAAGCAACCCGUGGAUCAUGUAGGCCGACUUUACUGUCCAUCUUCCUGUGCUAAAUGAGAUAUGCCCAUAAAGCAUUAGGACACUACCUGGUAAGCACCCAACGCAUUUAGGAAACAUAACAAGAAGUGAGAUUAGACCUGUGUCAAAUGAUUGUCCCAGCAAACUGUGAAGGAUCGAGACUGCCUCAUGGAUAUACCGUAGCACUAACCCCUUCGCCUGCCUGUCAUUGCUAAACUUUGUUCUUUCUUAUUCCCACUCAAGCUCUUUCCAAGGCUCAGUCUGAGCCUCCGAUCUUCAUUUCAUACUCUCGGAGUGUUAUUCUUGAUAUUUAUCUUCAACUGCCCUUUCCAUGGAUCGUGUCUAAAUCUGUAAUUCCAUUCCUUGUUCCUUACCUUAUAAAUCUCCUAAUAUCAUUUGGAAACGUUUUUCCACGUGGAUGUCUCCUGAUCAUCUUAACUGUAGAAUAUCCAAAUCACGAGACACCUCCAGCUUUCCUAAUUUCCACUUUUAUUCAAUAAGUCGACAAAUGUGAGAGCUUAAGAAUAAAUAUUAAUAAUAUAUGGUCCUUUACCUCGUGGAGCUCCAGUCAAUUGAUGAAGAAAAACAGCCCAACUAAAAAUAAUACAAGGUGGUAUGUGUUGUAGUCACAGAUGUUAUGUGUUAAGAGCUGUAGGAACUCAGAGUAGAGGUGAUGAAUUCCUGUCAGAGGUAGUGGAAUUCUUAGUCACUCCAGCUUUUGCACCUGCACGCUGGUCUUGCCAUCAGCCCACUUCCUCAACUCUUCCCCUGUCCCUCCCUUUUUGCCUUUCUGAAUCUUUCUCCUCUUUUUUCAUCCAGCUUAAGCCGCACCACCUCUAGAAAUAUUUACUACCAUUUGUACACAUACACAGACAUUCUCUCCCUACCUGAGAACCAUUAGGAUAUUCAGUGUCUCCACCAUACAACCUGUUUAGUACUUCAGCUUUCAACAUAUAUCAAGCAUUUUUAGUGGGUGUGUCAUGUGGAACAUGUCUUGUUAGUUAAAUGUUUUAUAUCUGUGUGUGCUUUAUGUCAUUUUUUCCAGCUGUUUUGCAAACUCAAACUAUGUUUUUUUCUAAUUUCUUACAGCUGUACAUCAAAAUACAGAUUUGCCAGGCGUCCCCCAUACUAACCAAGUCAGCAUAUCUGGAGCAGGGCCCAGGAAGCUGUUUCUAACAAAGUUCCCACAUGGUGAUUAGGCAGUGAGCCUAGCUCUAAGCUCAGCCUUUCUUGGAAACCACUGCCCAGAGCUUUGCUUGUGGAGAGCUCUUGAAACUAAAUAAGACCCUUCAAAAAGCAGAAGUGGGUUUUCUGAUAAUUCAUUCAACCCCAAGAUGACCACAGAAUCCAAGAGAGCCGCAGCUGAGACCCUUUUGGAGGAUGAAAGACUUCUCAUAGUGAAGAUAGAAGAGGAAGAUUUUGUCUGGGGACAGGACACUUGCUCACCGAGCAGGGACUCUGUCAAGCAGGAGCUCUGCCGACAGCUUUUCCGGCAGCUCUGCUACCAGGAUGCCGCUGGGCCCCGCGAGGCGCUGGGCCGGCUCCGGGAGCUCUGCCAUCAGUGGCUGAAGCCAGAAACUCACAGCAAGGAGCAGAUCCUGGAGCUGCUGGUGCUGGAGCAGUUCCUGAGCAUCCUGCCUGGGGACCUGCAGGUGUGGGUGCGUGAACGUCACCCAGAGAGUGGCGAGGAGGCAGUGACCAUAGUGGAAGAUGUGGGGAGAGACACUGAUGAAGCCGUGCUCCAGGUUCCAGUCCCUGGACAUGGACAAGAAAUAUUCAGGAGAAAGGUAGCACCUCUUGGACCAGUGCUUAGUGACCAGCUCCAGUCAGUGGACACCAAGGCCAGUCAUGGUUUCUCUGAAACCCGUCUCCUACCUGCCUAUGAUAACAGGAGUGCAAACAAGGAGUCUAUGCCAAAUCUGGACCUUCAUGAAAAAAUGAAAUCACAGAGAAUAAUGUCAGGAAGGAUUUCAGGAUUUGUAUCAGAAGGAUCUGCUGAGCCUCAGGACAUCUGGAAGUCGGCAGGCAGAAUAAAGAGGCAACGGGAAAAUGAACCUGGGGAGUGGCAGAGAUCAUCAUCUGCUCAGGAUGGAGGUCCUACCAAAAUCCUCACCCACAAAAAUACUCUCACAGAUGAACUAAUAAGCCCUGAUGGAUGUGAGAGAAGCUUAAACCUGAAUUCAAAUGAAGUUACACACCCAAAACCUUGUAAACACACUACCUCUGACCAAAGUCUCAAAUGGAAUUCAGGUUUUAUUAUGCAUCAAAGAAUUUAUGCUGGAGAAAAAAUUCAUCCAUAUGUAAAAUCUCUCAAGAGCCGAAAUCUUAUUAAACAGGCAGCAAUCUUCAGUGGAGAGAAAACCCAUCAUUGCAAUGAAUGUGGGAAAGCGUUCAGACACAACUCCAAGCUUCUUAGACAUCAGAGAAUCCACACUGGAGAGAGGCCGUAUGAGUGUAAUGAGUGUGGGAAAGGCUUUGGUGGGAGCUCCGAUCUUAUCAGACACCAGAGAAUCCACACUGGCGAAAGACCCUUUGAAUGCACAGAAUGUGGACGUGCAUUCAGCCUGAACUCACAUCUUAUCCUGCAUCAGAGAAUUCACACCAGAGAGAAACCCUAUGAAUGUAGCGAAUGUGGAAAAACCUUCAGAGUGAGCUCACACCUUAUUCGGCACCUGAGAAUCCAUACUGGAGAGAAACCCUAUGAAUGUAACAAGUGUGGGAGAGCAUUCAGUCAGAGCUCACACCUUACUCAACAUCAGAGAAUUCACAAGAGGGAAAACCUAUUAAUGUAAGGGACUUAAAUUCGUAUGAAAUGCUGAGAAAAUAGCAAAACGUGAAAAACAUUGAAUACACAAUAAACAUUGGGUAAGAUGAA